GCAAUCGCUGCGACUACGCUGAAGCUGGCAUCAAUCCCGACCCGGUGGCGAUCAGAAGGGACGGAGUUGAAAUGGGUAAACAACGAUUGUGCGGUGGCCGAAUUUGACUCGCUACUAUGCGCAGUUUCAACGCCUCCCCAAAACAGGGUUCAAAAACUUUUGGCUGAUCGGUGAGACUUGUUCUUUUGUAAUCAGCUGGUGCUCAGAUCAAUAGUCAGAUCAAUUCGCUGGAGCCGUUUCGCAGAAAUCACGGCUGUGCCACGGUCUCAUUGUUCCGUCCCGUUCAUUCUCCGCAAUAUCUCACGAGCAAUACAAUCGAUCCGCCUCUACUCUUGGCUUAAUGAAUGCGCCAGCAUCGAAGAAAGAGUGUUCGUAUUUGGGAAUUGUACAGCGUAAGGAUGCUGUCUUAGACCAAUGAAUCGAGUAGUGCCUCGUUAGGAAGUCGGGAAUACAUUUUUCUCACCGUUUAAAGUACUGGCCAAGCAGUACGAUAGACAGGGAGCCUGUCAAUCGGAUUGCCUGCCGCAUUUGCGUUGUCAUCGGAUAAUAUCAUUGUGUGCACGAAGGAUGGGAGCGCCGACCAAUCCAAAUGCCUCACGCGAAGCAUGAGCAUCUAUGCGCUCCAGGUAAAUAUGACAAACCUCGAAACAGAUCCCUCGACACCGUCCGAGAAAACAAUCCGGCAUGUAGUCCCAGCAACAGAGUCAGAUCACGGAUCAAAUGUAGGUCUGAGCGAUCCUGGCACUGCCACACGAUCCUCGCCGCGUUCGGUUGCAAACUGCUUUUGUACUUACGCUUGCACGCAUAUCCUGCUGCUGUGCCGGGACGGAUGCAUUCCCCGUCGGCUUCGAUUGAUUGCAGCACAUCCAUCUUGAUGCUCGGCUUCCCAUCCUUUCUUGCUUAUCCUUCCAACCAAAACGAACCGAGACAGCCACAGCUGCAGGCAUUCUCUACAUAG